AUGGCUAUCAAACCCACGAACCGAUACAAUAUGGACGAGACUGGUAUCCUUGAAGGCAGUGGAUCAAACGGACUUGUUCUUGGAUCAUCAGAAGCUCGUACUAUUCGAAAGAAACAGCCUGGGUCCCGUGCUUGGACCACCCUCAUCGAGUGCAUCUCCGCAAGUGGCAAUAAGCUACCUCCACUUGUGAUAUAUAAGGGGAAGACUGUUCAACAGCAAUGGUUUCCUUUGGAUCUGACCCCAUUCGGUUCUUGGAGGUUCACGGCAACAGAAAAUGGGUGGACUUCAGAUCCUACAGCUCUCGAAUGGUUAGAAAAGGUCUUCAUUCCUUCUACCCAGCCAGGCGACCCCCAAGAGGCCAGAUUACCCAUACUGGAUGGCCAUGGAAGCCACGAAACCACGGAAUUCAAGAGCUUGGGAACCUUGAUUGAUCAAUGGGAUGGUAGCACUGUUGUGGGCAAAAGGAACUUCCUAGUAUGCUAUGGCAAAGCUCGGAGAGCAGCCCUGACAAAAAAGAAUAUCAUCAGUGGCUGGAAAUGGACUGGGCUAUGGCCUCAAGCUGGAGAGGGUUACAAAGGGUAUCUCGAUAAUCAGGGAAAUGGGAAAUGGGCAGCAGAUAUAUCAGCAGUGGCGUGGUCAACUCCUCGAAAGAGGGAUGAGCUUCGUGAUCAAUUCAGCGUAUUCAGCAAGCUCGAUAUCGAUACUCCCACGCAACGUCUACUAUUUCGAAAAGUUCAAAAAGGCUUCGAUAGGAAGGCGUACGAAUUGGCAGUUGCUCAUCGAAAGAUUGAAGUAUUGCAGGCACAGGUUGAUGCCAGUAGGGCCAGGAAGCGUAGGAAGGUUAAGAUAAGCCCAAAUUCGAAGUUUGCCGAUAUUGAAGCUAUCCGGAGGACUCAAAUCGAGGUUGGCGAGGUUGACGAUGAUUCUGAUGAAUCCAGCGACCUUGGAAGCCCCAGUGAUCGUGAAGAAUGCAUUGUUGUAGCAUCAGAACCAAGAUAG